AGUUCAAUUCACCAUACUUUCGCAUUUCAUCGGCCGAACCCACGACCAGGCAAUUAGGCUUCACUUGACGACUAGCUCUCACAGCGUGCAGCGGUUCGCAUGAUUUCUCCUCAUGAGUGUUCACAGUUCAACUUUCUCCUCCUCUACCAGGUGUAAGCAUGGAUGUCUCCAACUUCGCAGCCCUCAAGAAAAAGCUGGCCAAAGAGCCUAAGAGGAAGGAGGCGGGUAAGCAGAAACCCGUCAACGAGUUCUUCAGGAAGGAUGGGACCACUCAGGUUCCCGGGGGAGAGGUUCCCUCUCAAGCCGUUGGUGUCGGUACCGACGCCGGAGGCUCCAAAGCGGAGCUGAAGAGGAAAGGAGCCGGGAAGGGUGUGGUGCCACCGGAGAAGAAGAAAAAGAAGGGGGGCCCUGAGGAGAAGGACGCCCCCCUCGUCAUUGUCGAAGAGCAUUCCUCCUCCUCUCCCUCAGCAAAUGCUCUUCCUCCCCCCGGGGACCAAGGCAACAACCUGGCGUGGCCCCGGGAUGAUGUGCAAUUCUCCAUCACCAAGGGAACUGCCAUCAUGCAUGGCACCCUCAACCCGAGGGAGUUCCUAAAGGGUGCCACGCCUCCGACUGACAAGUCGGUGCUCUCGAGGGCGAAGGAUGAUGCCCUCAGUGCCAAGGUGCUCCAAGCCUCCGUCACUGCUGCCCUCGGGCUUGGGGAACUGCUCCAGAGGAUGGAGCAAUACCAGCUGCAGAAGUUGCAAGCCGAUGAGGCCCUGGCGGAGUCCCGGCGACAGCUCCAGGAGGUCCGAGAGUCCCUCCGGCGGGAGACGGAGGCGUUCAACUCCAUCCUGGAGAACAACAAAAUAAUCGCCAGGGCUGAGGGCAAGGCCGAUGCUGAGAGGGCUGCAGCGGAAGCCUCCAAGGUUGCUGCGGAGGAAGCCGAGGCUGCGAAGAAGGAGGCUGUUGCUCGGGCAGAGAAUGAUGCCAUCGCCGCCUUUGUCGCUGAGGGGUGGAAGGCCGAAGAGCACAAACAAUGGUUGUCCUCGGUGGUGGAGGCCUCGGUUGAUGAUUGGGUAAAGGACCACGGGGCUUUAUGGUUGGCCCGCAAGGGCAAAGACUACUAUGACGGUGGGGAAUUCUUUACCCAGAAGCUUGUUUACCGACGGCUGGCCAGGCACUUCAAUAUUGAGCCGAAGGAAUUUGAUCCGGCAGCUUACGGCCUUCCCCCUCUGCAGCCAGAUGUAAGAGUCCCUCUUCCUGAGGGCGAAGAAAGGCCGGAUCUUGAAGACUCCGAGCUCAUGCAGGAAGGCGGUGAAGAGGCCGGUGAUGAUGCCACUUCUAAGACUGCCGAGGAGGGGGCUCAAACUGCCGAUACUUAGCUUUACCUUUCUUGUUGUUUGUAGUUGAUAGUGCCCUUCGGCCUUGUAUUGUAAUGACAUUUCUUGUAAACUCCAACUCUUGAUGAUGAAUGAUAUGCCUCCGGGCUUUGUUAUAUUGAAUGCUUCGUUUGCUGAAUUCGAGUGCUU